GCAUGAGGACCAGAGCCGUGUGUCAGGGAUGUGGAUCUCACUCUACCUCUGUCAUGGCUAACUUCUUGGAUCUGAGGCUUCAGAGGAGGAUAUGACUUCAGGGUUCUUAUCCCAUCUUGAUUACAGAAACUGGACCUUCACAGGGUGUGGACUAACUGAGAAAAGGAAAUUCUCUCUUUGAAGGGCUUUAAAUUUGUAGCAAAGCAAAUAAAAAUGACGACUUCGUCUAUCAGACGGCAGAUGAAAAACAUUGUGAACAAUUACUCGGAAGCUGAAAUUAAAGUCCGGGAAGCCACCUCCAACGACCCAUGGGGUCCAUCCAGCUCUCUGAUGACCGAGAUUGCCGACCUAACCUACAAUGUGGUGGCCUUCUCAGAGAUCAUGAGUAUGGUGUGGAAGCGGCUCAAUGACCACGGCAAGAACUGGCGGCACGUGUACAAAGCACUAACACUGCUGGACUACCUCAUCAAGACGGGCUCCGAGCGUGUGGCCCAGCAGUGCCGUGAGAACAUCUUCGCCAUCCAGACUCUGAAGGAUUUCCAGUACAUUGACCGUGAUGGCAAGGACCAGGGCAUCAAUGUGCGUGAGAAGUCAAAGCAGCUGGUGUCCCUUCUCAAGGAUGAGGAGCGGCUGAAGGCUGAGCGGGCCCAGGCUCUCAAAACCAAAGAGCGCAUGGCCCAGGUGGCCACUGGCAUGGGCAGCAACCAAAUCACUUUUGGCCGUGGCUCCAGUCAGCCCAACUUGUCCACCAGCUACUCAGAGCAGGAGUACGGCAAGGCUGGGGGAUCACCAGCCUCUUAUCAUGGCUCGCCUGAGGCCUCGCUGUGCCCUCAGCACCGCACAGGGGCCCCAAUGGGUCAGAGCGAGGAGCUACAACCACUGAGCCAACGCCACCCCUUCCUGCCGCACCUGGGGCUGGCUUCCCGCCCAAAUGGCGACUGGGCCCAGCCCUGCCUCACUUGUGACCGCGCAGCCCGAGCCACCUCCCCACGUGUAUCCUCGGAGCUAGAGCAGGCUCGGCCACAGACGAGUGGAGAAGAGGAGCUACAGCUGCAGCUGGCACUUGCCAUGAGUAGAGAAGUGGCAGAGCAGGAAGAACGCCUCAGGCGUGGUGAUGACCUCAGAUUACAGAUGGCCCUGGAAGAAAGCCGGAGAGACACAGUUAAAGUUCCAAAAAAGAAAGAGCAUGGCUCCCACCCACAGCAGACUACUCUUUUGGACUUAAUGGAUGCUCUCCCCACCUCUGGCCCUGCUGCCCAGAAAGCGGAACCCUGGGGCCCGUCAGCAUCUGCUAACCAGAACAACCCCUGGGGUGGGCCAGCAGCUCCUGCGAAUUCUUCAGAUCCCUGGCCAUCAUUUGGUGUCAAGCCAGCAGCCUCUGUGGACCCGUGGGGAGUGCCCACCACUGCCAGCACACACUCUAUUCCCCAGACCUCUGAUCCCUGGGCAGCUUCACAGCCACCUCCCCCCAGUUCCGGAAAAACAAUGGAUGCCUGGGGUGCAACGUCGGCUGCCAAGCCUAUAUCCACCUCGGGGUCCUUUGAGGUCUUCAAUAAUUUCAAUGGUACAGUUAAAGAUGACUUUUCUGAAUUUGACAACCUCCGAACUUCAAAAAAAACAGCUGAGUCUGUGACCUCUCUACCAUCCCAGAAAAGUGGAACUACAAGCCCUGACCCCUUUGAGUCUCAGCCCCUGACUAUUGACUCAAGCAAACCCAGCAGUGCCCGGAAAACACCAGAAUCCUUCCUGGGCCCCAAUGCUGCUUUGGUGAAUUUGGACUCACUGGUGACCAGGCCUGCUCCACCAUCCCAGUCCCUUAACCCCUUCCUAGCACCAGGUACCACCACCACUUCGGCCCCUGUCAACCCCUUCCAGGUGAACCAGCCCCAGCCAUUGACGCUGAACCAGCUCAGGGGAAGUCCAGUCCUGGGCAGCAGCACAUCCUUUGGGCCUAGCACGGGGAUGGAGCCCAUGGCUGUGGCCCCCAUGACAUCAGCAGCCCCACAUCCAGCUCUGGGGGCCAGUGGCUCCACUUUGACCCCCCUGGGCCCCACAACGAUGAACAUGGUGAGCAGCGUGGGCAUGCCUCCAUCAGCAGCACAGGCCACCAGCACAACCAACCCUUUCCUUCUGUAGUGCCCUGGGCCUAGGACCCACCCAGAGCAAAUGCACGGAGCACCCGUGCCAGAGGACACUGAGCAAGGACUCUGAGGGUAUGAUGUGGGGUGUGAGGGCCUUCAGUUCCAGCUUCCUGGUAAAAGGAAUGCCCUUUAUAGCCCAAACCCUCAGACUUGAAUGGCAUGUGAGGUGUCCUCUCUGAGACGGCCGCUUGCCUCUCCCCAGCCUGACCAGGCUCCUCUGAGGCCUUGGAUGCUGAAGUGAAGUUGUCAGUGUUGUCCUCAUCCCAGCCUCAUCCCAAGGGUCCUCAAAUGCUGCCCAGCCCAGAACUUGGGACAGUUGCCUUGUCUCUAUCCCCCCUGACCCAGCCACAGUCCUGGGUAAGGAUGGGAUGAAGCUCCAGCCCCAUUCGACACUGACUUUUGGAGAAGUGGUUGUGCAUAUUUUAUUUUCCUUUGACUCUUGUGUGAGUUCAAAGUAAACACUACCACCAUGGACAACUUUUGAAUUAAAUUCACUAGAGCAAGCUUUAAAACUAAUCUGAGCAUAAC